AUGAGUUGCCGCCUGCAGAGCUCCUCUGCCAGCUAUGGAGGUGGUUUCGGGGGUGGCUCUUGCCAGCUGGGAGGAGGUCGAAGUAUCUCCUCCUGCUCCACCCGUUUUGUCUCUGGGGGAUCAGCUGGGGGCUACGGGGGCAGCAUGAGCUGCGGCUUUGGCGGAGGUGCUGGUAGUGGCCUUGGAGGGGGCUUUGGUGGGGGUUAUGGAGGGGGCUUUGGUGGGGGUUAUGGAGGGGGCUUUGGUGGGGGUUUCGGCGCUGGCUUUGGGGACUUUGGCGGUGGUGAUGGCGGCCUCCUCUCCGGCAACGAGAAGAUCACCAUGCAGAACCUCAACGACCGCCUGGCCGCCUACCUGGACAAGGUGCGUGCCCUGGAGGAGGCCAACGCCGACCUGGAGGUGAAGAUCCGAGACUGGCACCAGAAGCAGAGCCCCACCAGCCCGGAGCGUGACUACAGCCACUACUACAAGACCAUUGAGGAGCUGCGGGACAAGAUCCUGGCAGCCACCAUCGACAAUAACCGGGUCAUCCUGGAGAUCGACAAUGCCAGGCUGGCCGCGGACGACUUCAGGCUCAAGUAUGAGAAUGAGCUGGCCCUGCGCCAGAGCGUGGAGGCCGACAUCAACGGGCUGCGCCGGGUGCUGGACGAGCUGACGCUGGCCAAGACUGACCUGGAGAUGCAGAUCGAGAGCCUGAACGAGGAGCUGGCCUACAUGAAGAAGAACCACGAGGAGGAGAUGAAGGAGUUCAGCAACCAGGUGGUGGGCAACGUCAUCGUGGAGAUGGACGCCACUCCGGGCAUCGACCUGACGCGGGUGCUGGCCGAGAUGCGGGAGCAGUACGAGGCCAUGGCCGAGAAGAACCGCCGCGACGCCGAGGCCUGGUUCCACAGCAAGAGUGCAGAGCUCACCAAGGAAGUGACCUCCAGCACCGCUAUGAUCCAGACCAGCAAGACGGAGAUCACCGAGCUCCGGCGCACACUCCAGGGCCUGGAGAUUGAGCUGCAGUCCCAGCUCAGCAUGAAAGCCGGCCUAGAGAGCACCGUGGCGGAGACAGAGUGCCGCUACGCCCUGCAGCUGCAGCAGAUCCAGGGGCUCAUCAGCAGCAUUGAGCAGCAGCUGAGCGAGCUCCGCAGCGAGAUGGAAUGCCAGAACCAGGAGUACAAGAUGCUGCUGGACAUCAAGACGCGGCUGGAGCAGGAGAUCGCCACCUACCGCAGCCUGCUCGAGGGCCAGGACGCCAAGAUGACUGGCUUCCCCUCCGGAAGUGGAGGUGCAAGCAGCACCACCACUACUUCCACUACCACCCCCUCCAACAACGGCAACCGCCGCCCUUGAGACCCACAAGAUGUAAAGACUGCCCAGCACCCACUCCCUUUGUCUCCUGCACCCAGAGGAGGGCGCGGAGGGACCCCAGGAGGGGAGGCUCUG